GAAUAACUUUCGGACGUUUUUCAAUUAUUGUUUUCGAGUGAUCAAACAUACUUUCUAGACUUCACUGUAUUCAAAAUAAUCACUGUAUUCUACACCUCACUAUAUGCGAGCUUUCAUUUAUUACUAUUUUCAACAAUAAUCAAGCAAGAGCUUAACUCAUUAUAUCAAAAGCUUAACUUCAUUCGAUUAACUUCCUCAUCUAAAGAUCAAAAGAUUAACUUCAUAACUACAUACCUUCACGGAUGCCCAAAACUUUCUCAUUUCUUGCAGUCUCCGUGGGCACUAACAAAACAGGGCUAUGUCAAGGUUGCCUGGAGUGUUCCAUAUUGCGUACACACGAACAGACUUCCUGGCCUUCUGAGGAGGCGCCACAUGAUGGUUGUGUGGGCAGUGCCAUUAUUAUGACCAAACCACCCAAGUCCAUGAAGCAGUAUGAUGAGGUUGUGACGACAUCUAUUUUGGACAAAGUGGUCCCAAAACUGUGGGAUAAGUUCACACUCUUCAGCAAGAAUAUUCUCUCUGGAUUUGAUGGACAUCGAUUGGUGUUUGUGGAGGCCAUUCCCUCCUGCUACCAAGUGGUGCGCUUCCAGGCCCAGCUGGACAUGAAGAGAGAUGUGCACUACACCAUUGGAGUUUCAGAGUCAGAUUUUGCUCCGUUGAAACGAAAGUUUUUGUCCAAAGAAGGGUUCAAACCUAGUGGCUUCAAGGUCACCUCAAAGGGCUCUUUAAGGACAAAACUGUUUAACAUGGAGUUCAAAACCGACGAAUCUUUCAUGGACAUUAACUUUCUUCUCAAUGGCGUUAAGCUUGUAGACUUCUCGCCCGAAACAAAAGCAAACGAUGUGACCAUUUUCAACAGAGAACUGAACGAAAUGCUUUUCGAGGAGGUCCAGGACGUUGAGAGGAUGCCAGGAGAAAAGUCAUUUCAGGAAGUUUGGAAUAGUCGUGGUUUUGCAGAAAGAAUUCUGAGGCCAGAACCCAAAAAGGAAGAAAGGGAGACAUCUAAUGAAAUUUUUGAGAAGCUACUUGAUGUGCAGCAGAAUACGUUCAGUUUGCUGCAAACGUCUCUUGAGAAACAAGGCUGCCAUGUACUUCUUGCGGAACAAGUGGAUCCGAGAGAGAGUGUGCCUGAAUUGCUUUCCAACUACUUCUUCGCACCCAACUGGGCGGCACAGGCGGGCAUUCAAAAGAAGAGCCAGCUGAAAAUCCCCAUUCCCAAAGGCAUCCUGAUGAAAGAGGGUGGGUCAGUGGUACCUUCUAAGGUCAAAACAACCAGACUCAACAUACAUCAACAGAUGGCUGCAUUCAUUGACAGCGAGGAUGCAAUUGAGAACGUCAAUGUUAAUGUCGACUCCAGAAACUGCGUGUUAGAAGUAAGUGUGAUCGAGCAAUCUAAAGCGAUCUCUCGCAAAAUCAGCCAAUUUGUGAAGAAACACGAUGGGUUGAUAGAUCAAACAAAGAUAUCGAAACUGAAUGGCAAAUUGGCUCCUUGCUUCAAGUUGACGCCCGAUGAUCUGGAUCCGAAAAGAGACCUGAUGUAUCCGUGUGACAGGUACGAGAGGCAGACGGUAGGACGAAUAGAACACAUAGAGCCUAACCACGACUGGAUUCGCAUUGGGCUGAACUUGUUUGACCUCUACGAGAAUGACGGGUGGGAGGAGGAGUGGGCGUAUGGAUUCCAUGGCAGUGGUGAAUUCGGAAACCAGUCCAUAGCAACUGAGCGACAGGUGAAAGUUGUGGAUCCAUCCAGCGGAGGGAGACAGAAACACAGCGACGACAAAGAUGUGAACGAGGUCAGUGGCCGCUACGGCAAAGUUUGUGGAAAUGGUGCGUAUUUCACAGAAGAUCCACAACAGGCUGCCGACUACAGUGCAUUUAAAAAUGGAAAGAUGGAAGGCUACACCUGCAUGUUCGAGGUGCGGCUGAAACCAGUGAAAACUCGCAUACCAGAGAAGGAACUGGCUUACAGAAUUGUUAACGAACCCCAGUACGCCAGGCCCACCGGAAUCUGCGUUUUUGUCGGCAACAGCAAAUUGAAACAAUUCGGGGCGGUGAACAAAAGACUUCUCAAAGCAGAUUACUUGAAGUCAACAAAACCGGGCGUGGAUCCCGAAAGAUUUUUCUUGGCUUGUUCGGUUAGACAGAGUCUGUCUAAUGGCUUUCGACACGAUGUCCUACGCUCUUAUGAACAGUGCAAGAUUGAAGCUGCUGACGUCGCAAACAAAACCAUCCUUGUUCUGGGACCUUCGAAGAGUGGGAGGACUACAUUCAUAAAUGCAAUGAUGAACUCGCUUCUGGAAAUUGAUUUUGAGGACUGCUUCCGUUAUGAAAUAGAGGGUGAGAACGUUCAUAAAUCGCCAUAUCCAGGAGCGAAGCGUUCUCUCAGCGGAGGUGUCAGCUCUUUCAUAGGCUACAGUUUCUCAAACAAGCAUGGCUUUUAUACCAUCGUAGACACCCCUGGAAUUGACGCUGUAGUGGAAGAUGGAUCAUCCCUGGAUGCUGCGAAACUGAUGCAUGUCCUGAGCUCAUCUGAACUGAAAUGUCCGUUUUAUUCCGACACAUUUAAACCCGACGGUCAAGUUGUCUUUGACUUGAAAAAAAUACACGCUGUGUGCUUUGUCGAUUCUUCUCCUGACGCUGGGCUGCCGACUUUCACUCAGUUCUUGAUGUCCCGAUUCCUAAAUUUGUUCGAAAAUGCAGCAGGUGGAAAUGUUUUCCUUGUGAAAACUUUCGGAAAUGACAGAAAUAGGGAUGGUGGUUUCGAGGGCGGUACUGAAGACUUGUCUUUCCAGCAAGUUUUCACUGUAGAUAAUGGAGUUCUCUUUGCCCUGAAGAACACUUUUGAUGCAAAGUCUAGUUUUACUUGGAAUGAUAGCAUGAGCGCUUGUCGAAGUAUCUUGGACUUCGUAACCCAGUCGCAAAGCCCAGCAAUUCUCAAAAGCGGGAGGGCAAGCACUAAAGCCAAAGCAAUAGAUGUCGAACAGGCCGUCAUUGGAUUGCAAGAAAUGACCGACAAGCUGCUAUAUCAAAGUGCUAACUUGGACCGCGAGAGAGCUAAGCUUAAUAACAUGAAGCAGGAGCUAAAUGCAAUGAAGCAAACAGAUGUAUACUCAGUUGUGACUCAAGAGAAAAUCAAGGUUCCAAAUCCUACGGGUAGAAAUGUGACAGUAUGCUUUGUCUGCAGUUAUACUUGUCACGAUGACUGCGUUUUUGCAAAUAACGAAGAUAAGGGAUACUGUCUUGCUAUGAAUAGCUUUGAACCGAAUAUCGAAAAGCGUCAUUGCACAGUUUGCAGAUACAGAUGUCAUUGGCGACAACAUGCAAACACUCCGUACUACUUCGAAGCACAAGAGAACAGCCAGUCGUUCGCGUUGGGAACCCGUCUGGAGGAGUUUAGAAUCAAAUCGGACGAUGUUGAAAAAGGAGAGAAGUUAGUGCAGGCAUUGCAGCUGAGUUUGAUGAAGUUGCUGCUGGACAUGAUGUCAAAAAUGGAUGAGAUUGAUAAAUUCAAGACUGAAGUGAGUCAUCUGGACACCACUGGACACUCGAGACAGAGGAUGUUGAAGGAAAGACUCGUCUUAGAAUUGCAAUCUCUAAACCCCAAAAGAAGGGAAAACUAUGUGGACAUUUUGAUCAACAAGGAAAAGAAAGAGAAGUUUGCGGGCUACUCUGACAGAGUGAGUCAGCUGAAGAAGGUAAAGAAGGGAAGAGAGUUUGUUCAGGCCAUGGCCACACCACCAGCCCCCGGCAGUGAACUCAUCAUACAGUGA